UAGAACGAAAGCCGAAAGCCAUUUGCGUGUCAAGUCUGGGUUUGCAAAAUUAAAAAAUGCAUACUGUUUUAACAAGGGGCAAUGCAACUGUUGCUUAUUCUCUAAGUGUUCUCGCCUGCCUAACAUUUUGCUGCUUCCUAUCGACGGUGUUCCUAGAUUACAGGACAAAUGCAAACAUCAAUACCGUAAGGGUUCUCGUUAAAAAUGUCCCUGAUUAUGGAGCAUCGCGGGAAAAACAUGACUUGGGCUUCGUAACUUUUGAUUUAGAAACUAAUUUAACAGAUGUUUUCAACUGGAACGUCAAGCAAUUGUUUCUCUUUUUGACUGCAGAAUAUAAGACUUCAGAGAAUCUUUUAAACCAAGUAGUACUUUGGGAUAAGAUCAUUCUACGUGGAGACAAUGCUGUUCUGGAUUUAAAAAACAUGAACACCAAAUACUAUUUCUGGGAUGAUGGAAAUGGUUUAAAGGAUAAUAAAAACAUUUCACUGUAUUUAUCGUGGAAUAUCAUACCGAAUGCUGGGCUACUCCCAUCUGUACUGUCCACUGGAAGACAUACAUUCAAAUUCCCAUCAGAGUAUUCAGUUUCGCCAAUUUAGUAAAUUAUAAAUGUUAUUCGUUAUUAAUAAAACUCGAAACUGUAUACAAUUAUUUUAGUAAUUUUGCGAUUGCUUACAGUUCUUGGCACUGUCACACCA